AUGCUCUUGAAACUUCCUGCUAACUGGGCCAUGUCUCUGGAGCAAAACAUGUCUGAAACAGAUGAUGAAAUUGACUCUGACGCAGAGACACAGUCCAUUUACGAGGACUCGGUGGAGUAUCCCGACCAGACAAAGGAGAAUCCAAAACGCACUUCUAAGUCACUCACACAGCAACUGCUUGCCAAUUUGUUCAAAUACCGCAACAAGACGUCGCAGAACAAUCAACAGCCUAACAACUGGUUCAAGAAGUCUAUUCGCGACCAGAUUCUCAACGAUCACAACGGCAAGGUCCUGAUUCUAGCUCAGGAGAGUCUCGAUAUGAUCAACAAGAUUAUCCGGUUUUGCAACGACAACCUCGACAAAGCAGAAACAUGGAAUCUGUCGAAACAGAGCCAACAAGCUGCUCAUCUUAUCAGCAAGCUGAAGAACAUCACGUAUGUGACCCCAAUCGAGAAAAAGGAAGGAACAAGCAUGUCUGGAACAGAAGACGACACCCAGGACUGCGAGACAAUUGUGGUUCGCGAACAGCCAGACUCUGUAACAUCACCAAACUAA